AUGGAUGAGCUACAGUCAACGCUGAAGUACACUCCGUUCCGUGUUCACGAACCGAACGGGAGGCUGGUCAUUCACGGAGGAGGUAGAGACUUUCUACCGGAAGAAAUUACCGCGAUGCUCAUAUCCAAGAUGAAAGUCAUAGCCGAAGCAUACCUCGGGGAGAGGGUCACCCACGCUGUCAUUACCGUUCCAGCAUGUUUCACCGACGCCCAACGACAAGCAACGAAAGACGCCGGAACAAUAGCCGGUCUUACCGUCCUCCGUCUCAUGAACGACCCCACUGCUGCAGCACUCGCGUAUGGGAUCCACCAAACACGGCCCGAGUCAAAGGUAGUCGUAUAUGACCUUGGGGGUGGGACAUUCGAUGUAUCGCUCCUAUCGAUGAAAGAGAAUGGGGUAUUUGAGGUGAUGGCUACAGCCGGAGAUGCCUGUCUUGGUGGAGACGAUUUCGAUAGGCGGGUUGUGGAAUAUGUUGUGGGGUUGGAAAGAAGAACGUGGGUGGAUCUGGGAAGGCUGAAGAGAGAGGCUGAGAGGGUAAAAAGGCUGCUUUCAACGCACGGGAGUGCGACGAUGGAUAUCGGGGACCUUGGGGAUGGGAAUUCUUUCACGGUCACGCUUACAAGGUCUCAAUUUGAAGAGCUGAAUCAGGUUUUGUUCGAACAGUCGAUGUCACUGGUCAAGCGCGUUCUGGAGGAUGCUGGGAUUAGUAAGGAAGACGUAGACGAGAUCAUCCUAGUCGGCGGCUCGACGAGAAUACCCAAAAUUCAACGACUGCUCCGUAACUAUUUUGGAAAGGAGCCUUCCAAGAUCCAUGGCAGCGAAGAAGUCGUUGCAUAUGGAGGCGCCGUUCACGGAGCAGUUCUCGGUGGCCACAAACUGAAGAAAGAAGUGGCCCUAUUCGAUGUUGCCGCUCUCUCCCUCGGAAUCGAUACCUACAACCCGAGGGGCCCGGGAUUAUUCGCUCCAUUGAUUCCUCGUAACACUGCGAUACCGACGACCAAGAGCCAAGUUUUCACCACAGUAUUCGAUUACCAGAGUUCGGUUUCAAUCGACGUGUAUGAAGGUGAAGACACAAUCAGCAAGUGCAACCACUUUUUGGGCAAGUUCGAGUUGACAAGGAUCCUCCUCGCUCGUCGAGGUGUACCUCAGAUCGAGGUCACAUUCCGGAUUGACGUGAAUGGGAUCUUGGAGGUUACGGCUGCGGAUCAGAGGACCGGAAGCUCGGGGUCUAUUACUAUCACUAAUCAUAACAGGGCCCGUAUCAGUGAAGAUGAGAUUCAACGGAUGAUACGGGAUACACGGAUGUUCUCUUAG